UCUGGCUCUUUGCCGCUUGCUUUCUCUCUGUGUAGCUGAGCUGGAGGAAUGUGGUGCAGCCGCCUGCUGAGCUAUCCCCUGUCGCAGGGGCAAUGCAGUUCCUACAGGGCAAGGACUGCCCUGGCCCAACUCAACCACGUUCUGGAGGCUGAGCUGGAGAGCAUCCGAGGCGCUGGUACCUGGAAGAGUGAGAGGGUUAUAACAUCAAAACAAGGGCCACGUAUCCAUGUAGAAGGCAGCAGAGGAGAGAUCCUGAAUUUCUGUGCCAAUAACUAUCUAGGGCUCUCCAGCCACCCUGAGGUGAUCCGCUCUGGACUAGAGGCCCUGGAGAAGUUUGGAGCUGGCCUCAGCUCUGUCCGUUUCAUCUGCGGGACUCAGAAUAUACACAAGAACCUGGAGGAGAAGAUCUCUCGUUUCCACCAGAGAGAAGACGCUAUCCUCUAUGCCAGCUGCUUUGAUGCCAAUGCUGGUAUCUUUGAGCAAGGCCGCUCCCCCCGUACCCACCGCAGCCCGUUGUUUUGCUGUCUGCAGGCACUGCUGACCCCAGAAGAUGCAGUGCUGUCAGAUGAGCUGAAUCACGCCUCCAUCAUUGACGGGAUCCGCCUGUGCAAGGCCAAUAAAUACCGCUACAAGCACAUGGACAUGCAGGACCUGGAGGCCAAGCUGCAGGACGCACAGAAACACCGCCUAAGGUUGGUGGCUACUGAUGGUGCCUUUUCCAUGGAUGGUGACGUUGCCCCAUUGAAGGAGAUCUGCAGCCUGGCCCAGAAAUACCAGGCCCUCGUCUUCAUCGAUGAGUGCCACGCCACUGGCUUCCUUGGGCCCAAUGGGCGGGGUACUGAUGAACUGCUGGGAGUGAUGGACCAGGUGGACAUUGUCAACUCAACGCUGGGGAAAGCACUUGGAGGAGCAGCAGGUGGCUACACAACCGGCCCCAAGGCCCUUAUCGACCUGCUGCGCCAGCGCUCCCGCCCAUACCUCUUCUCCAACAGCCUGCCUCCUGCCGUCGUGGGCUGCGCCUCCAAGGCCCUAGACCUGCUCAUGGAGAGCAACGCCAUCACACAGUCCAUGGUGGCCAAGACCAAGCGGUUCCGAAGCAAGAUGGCUGCAGCUGGAUUCAGCAUCUCGGGGAAUGAUCACCCCAUUUGCCCUGUGAUGCUGGGUGAGGCCCGGCUAGCGUCAGUGAUGGCUGAUGACAUGCUGGAGAGAGGCAUUUAUGUCAUCGGCUUCAGCUACCCCGUGGUCCCCAAAGGAAAGGCGCGGAUCCGGGUGCAGAUCUCAGCCGUCCACAGCGAGGAUGACAUCGACCGCUGCGUGGAAGCCUUCACAGAGGUGGGGCGUAAACAUGGAGCGUUGCCCUGACUAGCCAGCUAGCACAUGGGAUGUGAUGGGGCCUUUCUCAGUCUUUCCACAAGCAAGACCGUGCCUAACCUGGGAAGAACCAUAACCAGAGUGAUGCCCAGAAGAUAGUAGGGUGUUGAAGAUAAAGGGAUCCUGGCCUCUGGGAGGCGUUAGCCACGGUAGCAUUCACAGUGGUGGGGGCGAUGGUUUGGGAAUGGUUCUUCAUGUUACAACACGCAUUAAAGAUUCAGACAAGAGACAAAAUGGCACAAACAAGCAUCUUGGU